AUGACUACGCCGAGCUUACCGCCAGCUCUCCUGCUGGGCUGCCUCCUCAUCCAGAUGCUGUGCGUGGGCGGGACUCCGGUCACGUUGCCUCCGUGCACCCAGCCGGGGCCCUGGGGCAUCCGGUGUCUCCCAGGAUGCUUCCUGGAGGAGGAGAGCGGCACCUGCGCCCCAUGCCCGCGCGGCUCCUUCAUGGACCACAUUAACACCAAACACAAGUGCCUCAGGGCCGACGCAGAGUGCCGCUGCCGCCCCGGCCUGCACUGCGUGAGCCCCGACUGCCCGCUCUGCCAGGGGCAGCCGCUAUGCCCCCCGGGGCAGCAGCCCGGGCCCCCCCCGGAGCCCAGCUCCUGCACGCCCUGCCCAGCCGGCUCCUACUCCGACUCCACGUCCGCCACGCUGCCCUGCAGGGAGCACACGCGCUGUGAGGAUUCUGGGUUGAGAGCCGUUGCCAAUGGCACGGAGACCACGGACACAAAGUGUGAGGACCGAGGAGCGGCCUACUUCGCAUUUGGAUCGAUUUGGGUGGUGAUGGUGUCGCUGGCGGUGCUGGUGGUGCUCACGGUGCCGGCGGCGGUGGGGCUCUGCUUCGUACUUUACCGCAAAGGCUGCUGCAACAAGGAAAGAGGCAACGCAGCGGAGUUGGACGACAAGGAGGACAGCACGACGCACCUGCAGCCCUCCGACGAGGAGAACGAAGAUGACGCCACCAACGUCGCCAGCGUCGCCAGCGUCGCCAGCGUCGCCAGCGCUGUGGCCCCUCAUGUUUCCAACUUCCUGAUCAACGUGAACACUCACGUCAUGCAACUGGGAGACUGGAAUCGCUGCUCUGUGGACGGACAUGAGCCGGGUUCCUCGGUCACAUAAUCAAUAGGGGAGCAAACUAAGUCUAACUCACGGUUGGGGGGGGGCAGAUAGAUGACCCCCCCAGGGAAAGCCCCCCCCCCCUCCACACACACACCCGCACCUCGUGAGGGAACAGCAACAGCGUCGUCGGAACUGUCGCGGAUGAAGAAUGCCAGAAGAGGAGCCGAGGAUGAGGAUGAGGCCUUGCUGGUGGCGGUGGAUCGCGGCUUCAGGAGAGGAGCGAUGGACACUGGCCGAAUGAGGGGGGGGGGGCACAAUGGGGGGGCCCGCAUCGCAGACUUUCUCGACGACGUCCUCAAGCGUACCGUGGGUACCUCGCCAUCGCUUACUCCCCACGGGGGUUACGAACUUUUACCGUGCGAGGUGCCCGAAUGUUUUUGGGCUGCGUGGCGAUGCGCUGGUACCCAGGUGGCAGCGCUGGUCCUGACUGCGGCAGUUUCUCUCACGGCGACUCUUUAAAUGGGUGUUUUUCUCACCCGCAAUGCCGUCUUUUACGUUGACAUUUAUUGUACCUGUCGUAUAAUUAAGGGUUGCGAGGAGUGAGGAUUGAACGCGGAAAAGACAAAGGCGACGGUGUUCGGAAGGGGAGGACAUCGAGAAAGAAGUAUAAUGGCGGGAAAGUGGCAAGGUUUGCGAACGUCAAGGAACUUGCAUAGUUGGGAAUGCUCCGGACAUGGGAAAAUGACCGCGCGGGAGACACGGGAGACACGGGGCGCGAGGAACGCAAAGGCAAAAGGAGGUAUGGCAGCGCUUCAUACAUCUGGAGAAGCAAGCGAAUCGGCACAAGACCAAAGUGACCAUCUGGAGGACGUGUGAGUGUUCAGUACGGCUUUGUACGCCGGCGAGAAUUGGAGGUUUGAACAAAGACUGGCGGAGAUACGAGACUGGCACUCAACAUUGCAUUGCUGCAGAAGGAUGCUGUAUCUAUGCUGGAACCCAACAGUGAACCAACGCAGAAGUGAGAAAAAUGCCUAUAGAUUGAUUGUGGUUAUAUAUAUUCUUUAUACAUCGGUUGUGCGGUUGGGAUUGUAUUUAUCAGAGUAAUCGUGAUGGGGUGGUUGGUACAUCCCGGUGAUUGAUUGAAUUGGCUGUUCGGCGCGAUGUCCGACGUUUCGAUGCGUGAUGCCCGGCUCAAUAAACCCGCAGCUUCCACCCGA